AUGGGAAGAAAUUUCUUCACUGGUGCAACAACAAGCAGCAAGCUAUUCUCCAGAAGUUUUUUAGCCGUAAAGCCAAAAUCGAAAACCGAAUCUAAAGAAGUUGCUGCAAAGAAACAUAGCGACGCAGAGAGAAGAAGGCGCUCUCGGAUUAAUAGCCAAUUUGCAACUCUUCGUACCAUUCUUCCAAACUUGGUCAAACAUGAUAAAGCAUCUGUGCUAGGAGAGACUAUUAGGCAUUUCAAUGAAUUGAAAAAGAUGGUUAAGGACAUUCCAACCACACCAGCUUUAGAAGACAACUUGAGAUUGGGUCAUUGUAACAACAAAGACAUGGCGAGAGUCGUGUUCAGUUGCAGCGACAGAGAAGGUUUAAUGACAGAGGUUGCAGAGUCGAUGAAAGCCAUGAAUGCAAAGGCGGUUAGAGUUGAGAUCAUGACCGUAGGUGGAAGAACCAAGUGUGCCUUGUUUGUUCAAGGUGUAAAUGGGAAUGAAGGAUUGAUUAGACUCAAGAAAUCAUUGAAACAUGUACUGAAUGGUAAAUCAUCUUCUUCAUCAUCAGAGGCGAAAAACAACAACAAUGGAGGAUAG